AUGUAUCGAAUAGCUGGCGUGCAUGCACCACCCGCGCGCGCCCCCUCCGACGCUCUCGUCCACCUCAAAUCCAAGCCCUUCCCCUUCACCUUCCUCGACGCCCCCGCUCGAUUUGCUGUUCCAAUUGACAGCUCUGGGAUUUGUGGUUCUUUGCAUGUUGCCGACCCGAUAUACGCUUGCUCACCCCUUCAGAAUGUCUGGAGUAGCUCCGGGGGAGGAGAUGCGGCGAAGUUCGUGCUGAUCUCGAGAGGCCUUUGCAGCUUUGAGGAAAAGGUUAGGGUUGCCCAGGAAGGUGGAUUCGAUGCGGCAAUCAUCUACGACGAUCAAGAGAAGAGCAGCUUGUACUCAAUGAUAGGGAACACUGAGGGUAUAAACAUACAUGCAGUUUUUAUUUCAAAGAUGGCGGGAGAGACCCUUAAGAAGUUCACAAGGGGUGAAGAUGGGGAAUGCUGCAUAGGCUCUUCAAUUGACGAGACAACUGGGACGGUGUUGGUGAUUUCUUUUGUUUCUCUUGUUGUCAUAAUAUCUGUUCUUGCGGCUUUUCUCUUUGCUCGGAAUUGCCGGCUUCUCCGGCGCGGAGUCCAUAGCCAGCCCACUAGCAUGAAGAGGCAGGCAGUGGAAGUCCUCCCUUGCUUCACAUUCAAAACUGCUUACUUAAAUAGCAAACGAAAUGCAGAGACAUGUGCUAUUUGUCUUGAAGACUACCAAGAUGGAGAGAUGAUCAGAGUUCUUCCCUGCGAACAUGAAUAUCACGCAGUAUGCGUAGACUCUUGGCUUACAAAAUGGGGCACAUUCUGCCCUGUGUGCAAGCAGGAAGUAAACUCUGGAGAGUAAGCUAUCUGAUCUCUUCCAGACCCAUCGGAAUAUUCAUCUGAGAUUAUGGUGAAUAUUUGAACUACUGAAAUGCAACUUCGCUCGUGCGGUUAUGCUGUUCUGAUUCCUCCAGCAAAAUAAUGUUUGCCCUAUCGGUUUCUCUAUCUUUAGAGACCACGGCACUUGUGAAAUUCUACCAAAAAUUUUCACACAUGGAAACUUGGAGAUGGACAGAAAACAGUUGUUUUGAUCCUCCAAGACAAAUCUUUCUGGCCACCCACGGAGAAAAGGAGGAAAUCGAGAUGCCUUUUCUUCUCGAGGUAAUAUCUCUCUAUUUAUUCAUGAAGAUUCGCUCCAAUGUUGCUCCGACUAUCAAAGCAUCUGUUGCAUGUAGAGGAUUGUAGACGCGUGAUCGAUUGCUAUGUUUCCUUUGAACCCCUAAUGUGAUUUUACUGUGAUGAUAGCUUCUGUAUAUACUAUUGAAUCCUAAAGGAGUAUUUUGCCUUCAUUCUGAACAAUCGAGCCGUUCUACGUUGUACGUAUAAUUUAAUGCAGUUGAACUAAUCUGGGAAUUGAUGGCCAUGCUUUUGAUAUGAAGAGUCAUUUUCUUCA